CUAGAUGGCUUUGGAACUGUAACUCCUGUUUAUUUUACUCACCAUGCAGCAAAUCUUAAAGGAAAAAACCUUACGAGAGAGAGGGAAACUCCCUGGUGAUCCUUUGGUACAGAGAGAACCCCAGCUCUCAGGCAGCUCAAUGCCUAGCUGAAUUGCUCCAUGUGAUCUGAGCUGUUUCAGGUGCCUGUUGACUACAGUAGCCUGUUGACUCCAUUAGCUUGUGGUUAAUUUGUGCUUCUCUACUUCUGCUUUCCCCAGGAAAUAAGUGCAGCAGCUAACCAAGUGAUUCACAGUGGAAAGUUUAAAAAGCAGAGUUGGAGCAGUUGAAGGCUUUAAGAUGCCUGGUAGGACAGCCGGAUCACAGACAAAAGCAGAAAAGCCGGUUUCACUGGAUAUAGUUUUUGCCAGCUAUGGAAGUCAGUAAAUCUGGGUGCAGGUCUGCCUAUAUCAUGGAUGUAAGAGAAGAGUUACCGACUCAGCAGGAUGAUUUACUUGAUGGAACAAAACAAAAGCAAUUCCCUGACAAUGGCAGUGAUGUGGAUGCCACUGUGCAGCCUGAGUCCCAUGAGGAAGGGGAGCACCAGUGCUCUGUACUCCUGUGGGAGAUGCUAGCCAAACAGUUUCUGGAGUAUGAGCAGGCAGCUCCUUUCCUCAUCCCAGAAGAGCAGCAGAGGAGGCUGCUUGACUUCCUUCCCCACUUCCUAAAGGCCUGGGAACAAUCAGCUGGCAUAGUUUCUUUUCCCGUUCAACUUCUAGCAAGUGAAGUUUCCAAACUUCUGACAAAAGAAAUCAGGAAGAAACUAAAUGGCAAACCUGCAGAGGAAGCUCGGCUGGCUGUGGGGCAGCUGCUGCAGCAGAAAGGGGAAGCAGAAGAUGACUCCAUGCUCCUGAGAUCAGUACACUUGCUCUCACAGACUGACUCGGGGACUCUGUGGAACAUCAUCAGUUCUGGUCUCCCAGUUGCUCUGAUGCAAUGCUUGUACCUUUUCUUUACCUUUCUUCCAACAAAAGCCUGCAGUGAAGAGGCAAAUAAAGAUGACCCUGAAGUCCAGGAGAUGCUCAUUCAGAUAAUGCUCAGCAUGUACGGGGAACAACAAGGUGUAGAGCAACUUCUGACAGCCCCUGAGCUUCAGUCUUUAAUUAUAGCAACAGCCUCCCUCUGGGACAAUUGCAGCCUUUCAUGGAAAGCACCCACAGGCCGUGUGCUUCGGGCAAUUUCAAAGGCCCAGACUAAAAACAGCAUCAUGUAUCUACAAGCUAUGGACUGCAUUAAGAUAGCCAUUCAGAAUCUGUUUAAACUGGCUGACACCUUGCCUGCUUGUGACAUGUGUGAAGCAGUCAGUAUCGUCUUGUGUUUUGUGAAGGAUUCUUAUCCUAUUUCCCCUGCUUUGCUUCUGGAAUUUGAGAAUAAUGAUGGAUACCAGCUUCUGCUAAAAAUUUUACUCAGGUGUGAGGAUUUACCCCAUGAUGAAGGACAGCUCUAUCUGGAAGAGGUGCUGGACAUAAUGACUUGCCUCACAGUUUGUGGGAAAACUGAACUGAAAGUUUCUGGCAAUAUUGCUCACCCUCAGUUAUCACACUUUGAUUUGGAACAGAGGCAGUCAUCUGGACUGACAGUAAAAAACCUACAGGCUUUUCAGGUGUUGCAAUCCAUCUUCCAGAAAACCAACAAGCAAAACCUCUGUAAGAGAAUCUUAUCAGCUAUGAAAACAAUAUGGACCUGGGAUUUAAUGAACUUUUUCCUUCUGGAAUGGACACUACAGCCCAUUUCCCAGUUUGUUGAUAUCAUCCACCUCAAAACUGAUUUGGUUCAGAUCCAGUUCUUUGAGCUGGUGGAGUCAGUGGUCCUAGAACUGUCCUACAUCCCCCAUGAAAUUCUGAAGAAAGUUCAGUGUUUGAUAAAGGAAAACCUUGUGCCGUUAUGCACCUUAGCCGCUCUGCGGUGCCUUUGUAGCAUUACCAAGAGGGAUUUGCUCUUCACCGACAUAUUCAGGGACUCAGGGCUCUUGGGUCUGCUACUGGCUCAGCUGAGGAAGCAAGCUAAGAUACUGAGGAAAACAGCUGGGACUGAGGCGCCCAGUCCUGAACAAGGCACUGAGAAAGAGCUAACCUGUGUAAUGCUGAAGAUGGUGUCUGCCCUAGUUGUGGGAUCUGUAAGGAAUGCUGUUGUUUUGAAAGAUUAUGGGAUGGUACCAUACAUCAAGAUAUUUUUGGAUGUUGAGUGCUACCGAAGUGAUACCCUCAGCAUUUUGGAGCAGCUGUCAGUCAUCAACACUGAAGAAUACAUGAGCAUAAUUAUUGGGGCCCUGUGCUCUUCCACACAAGGGGAACUGAACCUGAAACUGGAUCUGCUUAAGUCUCUCCUGAGGAUACUGGAGAACCCCAAGAGCCGUUCAGCUUUCAGAACCUGCAGUGGAUUCAAUGGGCUCCUGUCCCUUCUUGCAGACAUGGAAGGUGCAUUACGGGAUCCUCCCUCUGGACUGUGGGCUACACUUGGACGCAGCCACAUCCUGGAGCUUAUUUUCUACACACUGAAGGGAAUAGCAGCUGCUCUGCACUUGGACCCUGUGAACAGCAGGUUCUUCCAGAGGAAUGGUUUCUUUGAGAAGAUGGCAGAGGAUCUUGGAUUGCUUGGUUGCUUUUGGACUCAGGAGGGGAAACAAAUCUCCACGUGCCUGGAGAAGACAAGGACAUUUAUGGAGUUCUUGAAUGCAGCCUUCUGCUCAUCAGAGUCUUUCCCAACAUGGCUGAAGAACUGCAUACAGAUUCUGAGAUUCCUUGACCAUAUGGUCAAAGGUACCCUGCACCUGGAAAGUUGCUUUAUGGAUAUAAAGUUAGGUGUGGAAGGGUCAUCAGCAGGCUCCUUGGAGGGACAGUAUGUGCAACAAGAAGUUCAGAGUGGCAGCUUCAAACAGCUGGAUAACAAAUUAGCUGUUUCUGACUACAGGCCAUGGGCAGACUCUGAAGAAAGAUUGGAAGGGGGAAACUGUUCAAUUGUGCACCCAGGCGCUGUCUGUGUCAUGGUGAGGUUGCUUCCAAAGCUCUACAGGGAGGAACAUGCUCAGCUCUCUCAGGAGAUCCAGUGUGCUGUGGCAGAUCACAUUCAGUCUCUGGUGAAGUCAGAAAAAAGCCGCCAAGUGAUGUGUGGGUCCAGCUUGCUGAGCGCUAUCAUAAACUCUUGUCAGGCAGCCCUGAUCAAUGACGGCAACCCAUUACACCUUCCUCUCAUUAGAAUUUUUGAGAAGCUUGCAUCACAGUCAAUUGAGCCAGAUGUACUCAGGAAGUUUCUCUGGCUCGAAGCCUCUCUGCCAGCAGUGUCAGGAGGCAGCACAAAGAGAAUUCUGGUGCCAUCAGGUCAAGAGGAUGGUUUGGGUAAAGCAGCUUGGAAUAAAAGUUUAGAAGUAGCCACAAUGGACAAAAGUGUAGUUCCUCCACCAGCCACCAACUCAUCUUGGGUGCGCAGGGGGUCUGCUGUGGCUCUCCAAACAGCGAUGAGUCUCAUUUCCAUGACAUCACCACGGAACUUCCAGCUGCACAACACUUCCUUGGCUCCAUCCUUUGUGGAGUUUGACAUGUCAGCAGAAGGCUACGGUUGUUUAUUCCUCCCCACGCUUGCCACUGUUUUGGGCCCCAAUACCGAACAAUCCAUCUCAGGAGGAGUUGGAAAAGGUGCCCGAUUGUUUCCUCCUCUUGGUGGCCUGACUUUCUCCUCCUGGUUCCUGGUCAGCAGGUUUGGUUUGGCAUAUGAUACCCACCCAAUCCGGUUCCUUAGUGUGGUGCGACAUAUGUCAAGGACAGAGCAGGAGUUUGUAUGUUUUUCAGUGAGCUUUUCUCCCCAAAACCGUUCCUUAAUCAUCUCUACAGAGGAAACGGCGUUCCAGCCAUUGGAUAUCAUGGAACCUGAAGGUGAAGUCCCAGCUCCCUCUGUGGUCCCAGUCCAAGUCCAGUUUGGCUGUGGCAAACUGCUAGUCACUGGGCAAUGGCAUCACCUUGUAGUGACCGUUGCUAAGGAAAUGAAGAGGAACUGCAUUGUAUCAGCUUAUAUAAAUGGACAGAUGCUUGGCUCUGCUAAGAUGCAGUACCUACAACCCUUACCUGGUGGCUGUAUUUCCAUGGAAUCAUCAUCCUUUGUCGAUGUUUAUGGAUACAUAGCGACCCCACAGGUUUGGAAACAGAAGUCCUCCUUGACCUGGCGCCUUGGCCCUACAUACUUGCUUGAUGAGCCAGUCUGUCUGGAAACUCUUGAGGUUAUUAACAAGCUUGGCCCAAGAUACUGCAGUAGUUUCCAAGCAGUGCAGCUUCAAGGUGAGGAUCAGUCCAGCCAACCUCAUGUCAUGGCCUUGAUGGCAGAAGAGAAAAUUUCAUUUGGGAUCAAUGCUGUGUGUUCUUCCGUCACAACAAUCCAAGAUAUAAAGUGCUGCUACAAUGAAGUGGAUGGCCGGCUGAUUGCCAAAGAGAUGGGGAUCAUGUCUCGUGACAGCUCAACACCAGUUUUCCUGGCUAGAAAUGUCACUGGGCACCUCUCUGGUCCCUUACGAACUAUUGGAUCGGUCGCUGUGGGACAAUAUGGGGUGCGAGUGUUCCAGUCAUCUCCAGCAGCUAACAGCCUGAACUUCAUUGGGGGCCCUGCCAUUCUACUAGGUCUCAUUGCCAUGGGCCGUGAUGACCAUGCUAUGUAUGCUGCUGUCAAAGUCCUGAACUCUGUCUUGAAUAGCAACCCGAUGAGUGAAAAGCUGAUGAGGCAUAUAGGAGGAUACCAGGUGCUGGCAUACUUACUUAAGAGGAAGACACACUUGUUAAACAACAGGAUUUUACAGCUGGUGCUCUCCAUAGUAGGCACGGCUGAGCUCGGCUUUGAGUCCUCAGCUAUCAAGAACUGUGGUGCCUUCCAAUAUGUUCUCUGCAACUUUGAGCUUUGGUUAAAUGCACCAGAAAAUCUCGACCUGGCUGUCUUUUCACAUCUCAUGGAGAUUCUGAAGUCUUCCAGAGAUGGAAAUUGGAACGCUGAAGUUGCCUACCAAGUGCAGAUGGUGCCCAAGCUGAUUUUCCUCUUCAACGACACUGAGAUAAGUUGCUCAAGAGUCACCAUUGUUUGUUCCAUCAUCUCCCAUCUGCUGCAGGGCUGCUUCAACACCAAAGAUAUUCUAAGGAUUGGAUUGUACCUUGUUUACACUUUAAAACCAUCUUCUGUGGAUGAAAAUCAGAUUGGUCUGGAAGGUGCUUUUGAUGGGCAGGAAGAAGCCUUAAGCCAAACAUCUGGAAAGACAAUCUGGCUCCGAAAUCAGUUACUGAAGACGCUGUUAGAUGUAAUGCAUUCAGACAAACUUCAUCUGUCCUCAAAGCUGCAAGAGGAGAUGUUCUCAACACUGGGGCCAGACUGGUUCCUGUUGUUCACACAAAGCCAUCUGCACUCAAGCACAGUAGUCCUAGGAGUGAAGCUGCUUCUUUGCUUCCUCCACAACCACACCCUGCUGAACAUGUUCAAGGAGGGAGUGGUAGCUGGACAUUGGCUGGAAAACAGCUCCAAGGGAUUGGAUAUCCUAAUGGAUAAUCUAAAAACUGGGUCUCCAAUGCCUGACCCAGGCCCCUACUUGAUUUUUGGGUUUACAGUAUUACAGACCUCUCUAUGUAAACACACACACAUCCCUGAGAUUUACCUCCUGGUGGCAGGUCUGUUCUUGGCAACCCCACAGUGUGAACCACCCGAAGCAGCCAAGUCAGAUCUUGACUCCAUGCUGCAGUGGCUCCUGCAGAACCACUGCAGAGAAAACAUCCUCACGGCUGGGCUGUGCAUGGAGGCAGCAGCCUUGUUGCUGGAAAUGGUGAAGAGCAUGGUGAACGAGCCUGGUGCAGGUACAGAGAACUCCUGGGAGAUGGUCUAUCCUGGGAAUGUCAUCCAGUUCCUUUGCCUGAUAUACCACAGCUACCCUCAGGACCCAGUAUGGUGUUCUUCCGACUUCCUGAAGGCCUUGGCAAUGAUUGUCUUCUAUUCGGGAAUGCAUGGCACCUGCAAAAGCUCUUCAGCUUCUGAUGGUUCAGUUGCUGCUGAAGAAAAUGGCUGUGGUGAUCCCUCAGCAGCCCCAUUGCCUCCGCACCCUGCCAAGAAGCAAGUGUGGGACUUCGUGCGCAUCCUUCUCAUGGAGAGUUUACUCAGCAUCCCAGCAAACAAACAGGGGCACCCAUUUGAACUGUUUCUUGAGGCUUCUUCAGAAGACUCCACCAGCGAGCAGAAGAGACAUUUCCAGACAAAGGUCUUACUGUCUGCUAUGGAUAUCUUCCACGUUAUCAGCCAGGAAGCUGGGAAAACAAGACCAAGAGGGAACAGUGAUCCUCGCAGUGGUUUGGAAGCAGCUGCACCUACUUCUGUGGUGAAUGUUGUCUGUUUUACUCAGAAAUUGGUGGAUAAGCUUUACAGUGGAAUGUUUGCUGAAGAGUCUAAGCAAGUCCUGAUCUUCAUUGCAGAGCAAAUCAUGGAGGUCAUGAAGCACACUUUUUCUCAAAAGGAAACCAUCCUCAACACCCUGUACAGCAGUCUAAACCGAGUGAUUCUGUAUUGCCUGUCCAGACCACAGCAGUUGCUGCCUGAACAGCUUAGUCUCCUGAACAUCCUCAAGGUCCUUCAGGAAAAAUGGGAUGUCACCUGCGCAACUUACAACUCAAAUAUUAAUUUCAUCAUCUGUCUUAUGCAUUGUCUAUGUCAGCUGAAUUCAAGAAGCUAUCCAGAGGGUUUUGGAGUGGAUGCAAAACCAAGAUUAGCAUCCUAUCGCCAAAUUUUCCUGGCCCCAAGUGAAGAGGAGAAGUGUAGAAGAGAUGAUCUCCCUGCUCCAGAUGAAGUUCAGCAAGAGAUUCUGAAAAUCAUUGAUGUCAUCUGGAGGCAGCUCAUCUCCCAAAGGCAGCAGGUUCUAGAAGACACUUACAAAAUGGACCUCUCUGUAAAGGCAGGAGACAGAGAGAGGGAAGUGAAGAUACUAGAGAUCACUCCUCUGUGGGAAGAAAUGAUGGCAAAGGCUUGGCAGAAUUUCAUAGCCUCUGAAAAGAAAGCACUCCAAAGUAAAACAAUGUCAGGUCAGAGCAAGCACAAUUCCUGGACAGAAAGCUGGUCAUCAGCAAUGAGGUUGAUACCUGGAAGAAAUACAAAGGAAACAGGAUGCAAAUCUGAGGGGUUUGUGCCAUGUAUGGAAAAGUACAGAAGAAGUGGGCAGGAGCUGUAUGCAUCUUUAUACAAGGAUCACGUGCAGAUGCUACAGUGCAGUUAUAGCAAAGCAGCAAAGGACUGGGCAGCACUCGAGGAGCAGCUUUUCUCCAGAGGAGGCUUGUGGGGGUCCGUAUUAGGGUUGUCUACCCCACACAGUGAACUUGAUUGGUAUGAAGGGCCUGCACGGAUGAGGAAGAGGAUUCGGCAGCAGGGUGCCCAUAGGACGAUGAUGCGAAUGAUGAGCGAGGUUCACAGAAAUGAAUCUACUUCAAGUCAGGAAGGAAAUCAAGAGGAGCUGAUGGUAAAUGAAGCAGAAAGGGAGAUGGAUGAGAAGGAAACGGAUUGUAACCAGCUAACAUUCUUCCCUGCCCUACAUGAAAGUUUCCACUCCGAAGACUUCUUGGAACUGUGUAUAGAAAGACAAAUUAUCCUACAGGAAUUUGUGGAGAGUGAAAAGGUUACAUCUAAAUACUCUGUUGUAAUUGUGCAAGGGCAUGUGGCAUCAGAGGGGGUGCUUCUCUUUGGGAAAGAGCACUUUUACAUCUGCGAACACUUUACCUUGUCCCAGUUGGAGGAAGUUUACUGCACCCGGCACUGCUUAUCGAGCAUCAGCGAUCCAUUUAUUUUCAGCUUGUGCCACAAAGAUCAGAGCCUGGGAGGUCAGGCAUGCACUCGUUAUUCAUACAGUGACAUUAAAGAGAUACACCCUCUACGCUUUCUUCUGCAGGAGAUCGCCUUAGAAAUAUUCUUCAAAAAUGGAUACUCCAAGUUUCUUGUCUUUCAUGACAGUGACAGGAAUAAAGUCUUUAAGAGGUUUUGUUCAUUCCAAUCUGUUUUGAAGGCAAAAGGAAUAACAGAAGAGUCCCUGAAUAUAAGGAAAAUCUCUGGGGGGGAAAAGACAAUGCUCCAGAAGUGGCAGAAGAGAGAAAUCAGUAACUUUGACUACCUCAUGUACCUGAACACUCUGGCUGGACGGAGCUACAAUGACUACAUGCAGUACCCAGUGUUCCCUUGGGUCCUUGCUGACUACCACUCACAGACAUUGAGCCUUACUAACCCCCGGACCUUCCGAGACCUUUCGAAGCCCAUGGGAGCACAGACCUUAGAGAGGAAACGGAAAUUCCUCCAGCGCUACAACGAAGUGGAGAAGAGUGAGGGAGACCUGUUGGCCCGAUGUCACUACUGUACCCACUAUUCAUCUGCGAUUAUAGUGGCAUCUUACUUGGUCCGAAUGGAGCCAUUUACACAAACAUUCUGUUCCUUGCAGGGUGGAGGCUUUGAUGUUGCAGACCGGAUGUUUCACAGUGUGAAGAACACGUGGGACUCAGCAUCGCGAGAAAACAUGAGUGAUGUCAGGGAGCUCAUCCCUGAAUUCUUCUACUUGCCUGAGUUUUUAACCAACUCUAAUAAUUUUGAAUUUGGCAGCAUGCAGGAUGGAACUGUGAUGGGAGAUGUACAGCUUCCCCCCUGGGCAGAUGGAGACCCUCAUAAAUUCAUCAAUUUACAUAGGCAGGCUCUGGAAAGUGACUAUGUCAGUGCACAUCUUCAUCAUUGGAUUGAUCUGAUUUUUGGUUAUAAGCAACAUGGCUCAGCUGCAGUGGAGGCGGUUAACACCUUUCAUCCUUAUUUUUAUGGAGACAAGAUGGACCUCAACAGCAUUACUGAUCCUCUGAUUAAAAGCACCAUCCUGGGCUUCGUCAGCAACUUUGGGCAGAUACCAAAACAGCUCUUCACUAAACAUCAUCCAUCCAGAAAUGUCCAAGGAAAAAAUGCAUCAGGGAAAGAGUCUGCAUUGGCACUUCAUUCUAGUGGACUUUUACCUCCAUUACUCAGCAGCCUGCAAAAUCUGAAGAUGUCUCCUGUUACUCUCAAAGAGUCACCCAAAGGACCCAUUGGACACAUUGUUCAUACGGAGAAAAGCAUUCUGGCUGUUGAGAGAAAUAAAGUGUUGAUUCCCCCUCUUUGGAACAAAACCUUCUGCUGGGGAUUUGAUGACUUCAGCUGUUGCUUUGCAAACUAUGGAUCUGACAAGAACAUGACAGUAUUCGAAUGCAUGGCAGACUGGGGAAAGUGCCUCUGUGCUGCGUGCCCCACACCAACAACUGUCAUCACUUCCGGAACAAGCUCUGUUGUGUGUGUCUGGGAGAUUUCCCUGCUCAAGGACAAAGUGAACACCCUAACCUUGAAAAAGACUUUGUAUGGACACACCCAGGCAGUGACCUGCCUGGCCACCUCUGUGACCUAUAGCAUCAUUGUGAGUGGAUCUGAUGACAAAACCUGCAUCAUAUGGGACCUGAACCAGCUGACAUAUAUAAGCCAGCUUCCUACCCACGGGGCAAGUCUCUCUGCUGUUGCUGUCAGUGAUUCAAUGGGUGAUAUUGCCUCUUGUGCUGGAUCCUAUUUACAUCUAUGGACCAUCAAUGGGCAGCCCCUUGCAAGUAUAAAUACCACUGGCAGCCUGGAAGGAAAGAUUAUUUGCUGCUGUUUCACUGAAGUAAUGGACUGGGAUACACGCAGUGUCAUCAUUACUGGGGGCACAGAUGGCAUUGUGAGGCUAUGGAAGAUGGAAUAUGCCAAAGCCCCAGACCAGGUGGUUGGAUCAAGACCACAAAAAGACACAACAGAAAUUCUGGACAACAAAGGUAACAAGGGGAGAAAACAUCUUGUUCUCUGUCGGGAGUUAGAUAUCAGCAUUGCCUUGAAUGGAAAACCUAGUAAGAACAAUCCAGCAGUGACAGCCCUUGCUGUAUCCAGAAACUCUUCUAAGCUCCUAGUUGGCGAUGACUGGGGGAAGAUACAUUGUUGGUCCAUAGAUGGGUAGGAAGAAAUGACAAGGAGCUCUUGUUCUCAACCACUGUGAAGUCUGGAUGGAAAGAAAAUUAUCCUUCAAAGCACACAGGAUUUGGAAGAAUGGAAAGGGCACAGAGGGGAAUUAAUUUAAUUGGAGACAAUGGAUUGUAGGAUCAAGUUUGGAGCAGAUAAAAACAUAAGAAGGGCUAUACUGGAUCAGAAUAAUGGUCUUCAUAGUCCAGUAUUUUGCCUCCAGUGGUGGCAAGUAAUAUAUGGUUUCAAAAGAGAGUAUAUAAAUGGGGCACAUCUAGAAUGAUUUAUCACUUGCCAUACCCUCUGUGGCAUCAGCCAUCAUUGGUUUAAAAUAUCAGAAGAUAUUUUUCUGAUUGUUCUAUUUAAUAGCUAUGAAUGGAACUUUCCUCCAUGACUUUGUCUAAUCCCUUUUUAACCUGGUCAUAUUCUCUACUUCUACAACUGCCUGUGUUAAUGAGUUAACUAUACACUGUGUAAAAAUGUACUUUCUCAUGUUAGUUUUAAACUUGCUUUCUGAUCAUUUCAGUGGGUGCCCCCUAGCUCUUAUAUUCUGGGAGUUGGUGAAUAACGAUCCACAUUCACUUUAUCCACACACUUCAUAGUUUUAUAGACCUCUAUCAUAUCCCCCUCUACCUUUCCCUUUCUAAACUGAAGAAACCUAGCCGUUUUAGUUUCUCUUGGUACAGCGGCUACUCCAUAUUCCUGAUCAUCUUGGUUGCUUUUCUCAGUACAUUUUCUAAUUUUACUACAUCCUUUCUAAUACACAGAGACCAGAACUACGUGACACAUUCAAGAUGUAGAUGCACUGUGGACUUAGAGUAGCAUAGGGAUUUUUUUAAUGUUUUGUUUUCAAUUGCCUUCUUAAUGAUACCUAACAUUUAAUUGGCUUUUUUUGUCACUGCUGCACAUUGAGCUGACAUUUUUAGAGAACUAUGUACAGUGACUCCAAGGUCUGUUUCCUGAGUGGUAACAGCUAGUUCAGAGCCCAGCAUUGCAUAUGUAUAGUUGAGGUUCCCUGUAAUAAGGAUGUAGAACUUGGUACUAUGGUGCAUUAUUGGUCCUGCUUUUCAAAGUAAUAGGGUCCAGUCCUGUCUACAGCACACAUACAAAUUAUCAAUAUGUUUGCUAAUUAGAAUCACUACCAGUGGGAUAAGAAUCUGUUGGUGUGGCCCCUGUAACAAACCAGACUCAUGUUCCUUCUGGAUUCCAAGAAAAUCAGUAAGAAUUUCUCCGCUGGCUUCAGUAGGAAUAGAUCUGUAAAAGCUAAAUGUUUCUGGAACAUGGAAUAGCAAAUACUUCUUGGUAUGUACAUUCAAAGAGCAUAUAAUUUUCCUUUGUAUAAAGUCUGUUUUUAUGCUAAGUAAAAUCAAGAUGUUUACUAAUAA